UGUAUUUAAUGACUUUUAGCUUUUGGGCAGACCAAAACUGGCACUAUAUGGGGGGGGCAGAUAAAAUUCCAGUAGAAAAUCCAGUCUUUCUGGCCUGAAGAACAUAGGGCAGAGUACAGAGCAACCACAGCUGCUAGAAAUAAGGUGGGAAUCUUGGAAAGGAGAAAACCCCAAAUUCUGUGAUUAAAAGUCUGCUCAAAUAUCUGGCUGAUCCCUGAACCACACAUGUGUGUACAGACUCCCAAUAAGGAUUAAAAAAAAAAUACUAAGCUCAGAUAGCAGCUGCCACCAAAGGCACAGAAUCUGCCACACAGUACAACCAGGUUAAUUGCCUGCUAAAGUUAAGGAAGGAGGAAGGAAAGGAGGAAGGGAGGAAGGGAAGGAAGGGGAAAAAUAACUGUCAAGAGUAAUAUAACAGAUUCCAGAGUCUCCACAACAUGACAUCCAAUGUCCAGAAUACAAUCCAAAAUCACUCCACAUACAAAGAAAUGGGAAAAUGUGACUCAUUCUCAAAAAAAGACAAUCCACAGAAUCCAAAUCUGGAAGACCCAGAUGUUAGAAUAGUACACAAAGAUGUUAAACUUCAAAGAAAUAAAAGAAAAUAGGUUCAUGAUUAUUGGGGGUGGGGGCAGAAACCACAGAAAAAUAGAAACUAUGAAAAGAAGAACCAGAUGUAAAUAUAACAACUGAAAAAUAUAUCUAAAAUUAAAAACUCACUGGAUAGGCUUAAUGGCUGAAUGGAAAUAACGGAGGAGAAAGACAGUGAACUUGAAAAUAGGUCAAUAUUACCAAACCUUAAGAAUACAGAGGAGAUGCGAACAUAUGGCGUCACCUGGAAUUUGAACAGCUGCACGAGGCUACCAGAGAUGAUGGCCAAGAACAAACUAAGAGGGCAGAAGUCCAGGAACAUAUUCCAAAUAGCCAGCCAAAAAAGCUUUAAGAUUAAAAAUAAAGCAAAACCAGCUACCACUAAUCUUAACAAGAUAAACACUGUGAUUCCUCAGCAGUGUCAUGAAAGCAAACCAGCUAAUGUUGAUGAAACUAUAAGAUUAGUGGUUCAGUUGUAA